AUGGAUGCCCUCGCGGAUGCUGAAGUGAAGGACUGCUGUGAAGAUGAGACAGAAAGUUGUCCAUAUGGGGGGCUUGCAGACUUGUGGGACAACUGCCGGGAGGUGAGGAGUCGCAUGCGAAAGAAGUUCAACCUGUUGGUUCAUUUCGAUCCCAAACUUCGGAAGUUCUUCAAUGUAAAGGUGGAGAAGACGGUCUACAAUGUUCGGGCAAAUGCUGCAGUUUUGAGGCCAAUUCUGAAGAUUAUGAAGCUGCAGGGUGGGCUUCCGCCCAUAGACAGUCUCACGGAGCAGGUGAAGGAUCCGGAGACCCGGCAGCUUCUCUUGGACAUGGGUGUGAUUGAGGAAGAGGCGGAUGGGCGACUGAAGUUGGUGUCCGAGCCUUCAAAGGGUACAUCUUCCAAGGAGGACUCUUUGCCUUUCUUGAAGCCGGCAUAUGGGGACGAUGAUUCCCAGCUUACGGGUGCCGAAUCGCAGCCGAUUCAAUCCGCAUCGGCCCCAGAAGACUCGCAACCGAUUCAAGACGCUGUGGCCCGAGAAGACUCGCAGCAGCCGAUUCAAGACAGUGUGGCCCCAGAAGACACGCAGCAGCCGAUUCAAGACUCUGUGGCCCCAGAAAACUCGCAGCCGAUUCAAGACUCUGUGGCCCCAGAAGACUCGCAGCCGAUUCGAGACAGUGUGGCCCCAGAAGACUCAAAGCCGAUUCGAGACAGUGUGGCCGCAGAAGACUCAAAGCCGAUUCGAGACAGUGUGGCCGCAGACGAGUCGCAGAACCUCGCCGAGGCCCCACUCUGUGAUUGCAAUUUGGACCUUCCGAAGAUUCAUGUCAUGGCUAUCUGUGCAGUUCAAGUGCAAGCCAGCCCUCAGCAUGGUUCUGGAGCAUCUGCUGCAACGGCAUUGCCAAGCUGUUCCGAGCAGAAGGACGAGGCCCUUCCGGAGACGGCUGUUGAUGCUGAGAAGGCUGAGGGCGAGCAUCCCCCCCAGGAGGAGGACAAUGCUGUGCCCAUGGAGGAGUCUACGUUUCCAGAAGUUCCACAGGAAGGCUAUGUGACACGCAGGGCCCAGUUCGGUGCCAAACAGGCAUUGCAUGAAGCUGAUGGUCGCAGAGGCCGUGGAGGUCGAGGGCGGGGUCGUGGUCGAGCAACGGCUGCAAAGUCAAUGGCGAAAGAGAAGAAGGAACCCGAAGGGAGGAACAGUUCCUCCAGCAAUGGGCCAGUCGAGAAAGGAUCAGAGCUCCGCCGCAUGAAGCGACAUGUGGCAGCCGAGGACGGGGAUAAAGAUGAGACCGGUGAUGACUCGCCGGCCUCACGCGAGGAUUCGGCGGACACGAAGCAGCCGAAGCCAAAGGCGAAAUCGUCGCCGGGAGCCGAUGAUCCCGGGAAUGAUGAUGAUGAUGAUGAUGAUGCUGUGGAGCCCACGGGCAAGAAGGCCAAGCUUGAUGUGGAGCCACGGAGCAAGAAGCCCAAGAGUGCAAAGCACAAUGAUGAUGUGGAGCCCGCGAGCAAGAAGCCCAAGCUUGAUGUGGAGCCGGUUAGCAAGAAGGCCAAGAGUGCAAGCCGCCCGGAGGCUUUGGAGACAGCCUUCAAGAACACCUUCCACCGCCUCACCCAGCAGCGAAAGCCCGAGCCCUUGGUCUUCCGUGACAUGAAUGCCGAUGCUCUUUUGUCCAACCCGGACCAUAUUCGUAACGUGCUCAAGUACGAGAUCAUGAAGUGUUUGAUCCAGUGCUACACGGCCGGCGAGGCCGACAAGAAAGGCAAGCACAAUCACUUGGAGAAGAUGGUUGCGCCUGUCAACUACCGCUACGAGUUGUAUUGGACGCGCACCCCUGCAUUUUGCAUCCGGGGUGCAAGCCUUCCAGAGCAUGGCAUCCACUUCGAAUGCCUGGGGUUAGAGCUUGCCCUUGACACCUCCUUUCUCUCAAGAGAUGCACUGGUGCAAGCCAUUCAGGCCACAACAGCACCGAGCCCUCUCCUGGCUGUCAAGAAGGAGAUCGUGAAGAUCGAAGGCGAGCUUUUGCAGUUGCAAGCCAAGAUCAAGGAGCUGGAGACUCAACUGGCCGGAAAAGCAGCCCCGCCACGCCCGAGCCAAGUUCCUUGCCAGACCCCGCAAAACCGAGUCCGAUCCAAAGCCCCACCGAGCCCUGCUCCUAGUUCAGUGCCAGAUGCUGCCAAGAUCACGGCAGAAGAUGACGACAACGACGAAGUCGAUGAAGGCGAAGGUGGCGACGCUGCCGGCAAGGUCACGGUGACCUCGCCCGACGGCACGAUCGUCUUGACCCAGGAUGCCCUCAGAAUGAGAUUGAAGAGACUGUGUGAGAAGAAAUCCAAAUCCCAGAAGUGCCAUGUCGACGAUGAAACUCACCAGCAGUAUCUCUCCGGAGGGCCAGAAAGGGAGUGGCUGGAGAUGGCUUUGCUGGAAGCUUUGCAGUCGGUGGGCCCGGAGGCUCUUGGACGUGGCAAAGCUGCCCACAGACAGGCCUCCUUCAAAGUCCAGGUGACAAUGAUCCGAGAACGGCGACAUCUCAAGGAAUCCGAAAGCAACGGGGAAUGGUUAACCGAGGAGCGAAUGCAGAAGAGUGGAGAGUAUAGCAAGCAGACCAUCAAAUCGAUCGUCUCCUACUGCGAGCGGUUCCCCCAGGUCUUGACGAGGAAAUGGAAAUACAAUAACGAUGUGCUUGAGUACUUCGUUGAAACCUCCACCAAGCAGACCAUCAAGCACUCCGAGCUCCUGAAACGUGUUGAGACAACGCAGGAGAGGGAGGCUGGAGACAUGCCGACCGAUGUCCAGCAAGUUGGUAUGGUGAGCGAAGGCGAGGCAAAGCCCAAGAACGAACAGGUGGAGGACAAGGCGAGGUGCCGGGACAAGGUGGCUCGUGCCAGGAACACCAUCAAGAAGCCGUGUGCCGAUCUGAUUGCAAUGGAAUCUCGGGUGUUGGUUCUGCUGGAGCUCAAGAAGGGUCUCAAGCGAGGGGCCGACAUCAAGCAAACAGACAAUAAGGCUCCGAAGGCAAAGGCGGCACGCACGAAGAAGUGUCCCUCCGAUGCUGCUGAGCGGCUGGCAUGGAGCUAUGCCACUGGGGCCACUUCAAUCGUGCACUAUGACAUGCGAGAUCGACAAGAGCAAAAAGAUCUGCAAAUUUGCCCCGUUCUCUGGGACCUCUACAAUGCAGCCGAGACGAAGUCUGUGCUUCACAAGCAAUUUGUGUACCCUGCAAAAGAGACUGUGGUGGCCCGGGCUUUUGCCAAAGCAGGUUUACGACUGGAUGUGAAGUUAUCUUAUGCACAUGUGGGGCAAUACCGCGAGCACCCAUACAUCCCUGUAUCAUCUUGGAUUCAGUCUUUAGACCAAGCCGGGCGGCUGGGAAAACUGGUGGGCUGCUCCAUGGAUGACUUGCCCAAGGUGCUUUCUUCUUACUGGGCCAACUUCAAGCAGGUCCACCCCAAGCACCAAGUUUUCGAUCUACAAACUCCUCUGGACCGUUGCUUACCUGUUUACUUGCACGGGGACGAGGGAACUACCUAUAAAAUGGACGGGGCACUUGUUUUGUCAUUCCAGAGCCCACUUGGCAGAGGGACAUCCAAGAACAAAGUGGGCAAUGUACUUGGAGGCAACAAGCAGUUUAUGAACUUCAUUGGACAUGCUUUCGAGACACGGUUUUUGAUUGUGGCCGGCUUAAAGGAAGACUACCGAACUCGUCCGGAUGUUUACAAGCAGUAUUUGGAGCUGGCUACGAGCUCGCUGGAUGAUGCAUGCCGAAACGGGGUCCCACUUCGAUCGGGUCAAGUGCUGCAUCCGAUACCGCUUGGGCACAAGGGUGAUUGGUCGUACAUGGUCUUCAAGGCCAGCUUUUCUCAGUACAAUUGGUGCUGA